AUGACCAAACAGUUCCUCAUCACGCUGAUAUCAACGGGAUGCCUCUUUGAUCUCACCCAGGCUGAAGCUGAAAGAUCAGCAGGAGGAGCUCAAUUGCCAGGGGCGCCAUCUUUCGUUGUCGCGUCGGCUUUUCCAACCUCAGUGUUUUCGAGUUAUUACCUCGAUCCCGCCCCAACUUCUGAGCCCCAGCCAGCUGUGUACGAUCCGAUAUUGAACAUCACUUAUCCACUCAAUCUGACCGAUCCUACGACCAUCCCGACUGCUGCCGAUGAUCCAGUAUACUAUCCACAGGCAAUUGGAAAUAUCAGUAAUAUCACUCCCGAGAAUCUGGUUCAAAAUGCGUUAAAUGAGAUUAAAGACAUCAUUUAUAACGAUACAGGACUCUCUAGCAAUUGUUCGAAAUGUAUUGCUGCUUUGAGGGUAGGAAAAACCCUCGCUCAACGCGCACCAUCAUAUGUACCUGAUGCCUUGGUUUCGUUAUGUCAAGCCACAAACUUUGCAACAAACACGACUUGCAAGAACAACUAUGCGCCCGCAAGCUGGGGUGCAAUAUGGACUCAAGUGCUAGCAUUGGCCAAUGCUACUGGUCUAGAUGGACAAUACAUUUGUAGCUCUCUGAGCACUUCUUAUUGUCUGACUCCCAGUGCGACAAUGUUAAAUACCACUGGCCUGUGGAAACCGAAACCAGCCAAUGCGAAAGCCCCAAAGGCUUCUGGACAACGAAAGAAAGUCCUCCAUCUAUCAGAUUUUCACCUGGAUCCAAGGUACCAGGUAGCAUCUGAGGCAAACUGCUCUUCAGGCUUGUGCUGUAGAUAUACCAAUGCUCCUACUUCUCAGGCUGUCUUUCCUGCGCCAUUGUACGGGUCUUACAAAUGCGACACUCCAUAUUUUCUUGGGCUUGCAGCUCUCCAAUCCAUUGGAUCUUUGACCGGUACUGGUGGCGGCUAUGAAUCUGAUCCUGCCUUCACAAUCUACACAGGUGACCUCGUCUCCCAUGAUAGUCAAAACCAAAUGUCGCGUGCCUACGUUGAAUAUACGGAGACUAGCAUCUACUCAAUGUUGAAAUCCUAUAUAAACAACCCAAUCUUUCCCGUGCUGGGUAAUCACGAUUCAAAUCCGGAGAAUGUUGAUGGUCCCCACAGCUUACCUGGCCCAUUAGGCAAGCAAUUUAGCUGGAACUAUGAUCAUGUUUCCUCGUUGUGGCAGCAUAAUGGGUGGCUGAGUAAAAUAGAUGCGGAGGAAGCUGCUAUCCACUACGCUGCCUAUUCCGUUAAAACUCAUCUCGGGCUUCGGAUAAUCACACUGAAUACAGACUUCUGGUACAAAUCUAAUUAUCUCAACUUCAUUAACGCAACAGAUCCCGACGUUUCGGGCACGUUUAAGUUUAUGAUAGAAGAGCUUCAGGCGGCCGAAGAUGCAGGAGAGAGAGUCUGGAUCCUUGGCCACGUGUUAUCUGGAUGGGAUGGAAGCAAUCCAUUGCCUAAUCCAACGAAUCUCUUCUACCAAAUUGUCGACCGCUAUUCCCCACACGUGAUUUCCAAUGUCUUCUUUGGCCACACACACGAAGAUCAAAUCAUCCUGUACUAUUCAAACAAUGGGACAAUUCGAGACUCCUCAACCGCUCUAACAACCGGCUGGAUUGGCCCUAGCGUAACCCCAUUGACCAACCUCAAUUCAGGUUUCCGAAUGUACGAGAUCGAUACCGGAUCUUUCGAUAUCAUGGAUGCAUACACAUUUUACUCAGACGUAAAUUCCUAUUCCAACCUCAAUGGUACCGGACCCACCUACCAAUUCGAAUACUCCACACGAGCUACAUACGGGCCUUCUAUUUCCUGGCCACAAGACGCACCACUGAACGCAACGUUUUGGCACCAGGUUACGGAGGCCAUGGAGGCUAACAGGACGUUGGUGGAAGUAUUCAAUAAGUAUCAGGGCAAGAGUUCUAUUAGAAGUCCUAAUUGUACGAGUGAUGCGUGUGCGCAGGCUAAGGUGUGCUAUAUGAGGAGUGGUAGCACGCCGAUUGGAAGGGCAUGCCCGCAGGGGUUUGCUAGUGUACAGAGUCCGUAUACUGGGAAGAACUUUUGA